AUGUCUUGCGAAGACGAACAUUAUCAUAAUCAUAAUCAUAAUCAUAAUCAUAAUCACGGUGAUGAAGAUCAUGGACAUGAUCAUAUAGCUCCAAUACCUACAAAUACUUCCCAAUCUUUAAAUUCUAAAAUUGAUACAUUCAAAGUCACGGCAUUAAAUUUACAAAAUCCAAAUGAUGACUUAAGUAAAUUAUUUAAAGAUUCAAAUAAUGAAUAUGAAAUAAAACCAAUUAUAAAAUCUGAUUGUGAUUCACAAUUAAUUAUAAAUAUACCAUUUUUAAAUGGUAGUGUUAAAUUAUAUUCGAUUAUAAUUAGAUCAAAUGGUGAUUUACAUUGUCCUAGAGUUAUAAAAUUAUUUAAAAAUGAUAAAACAAUAGAUUUUGAUAAUGUUGAAAUAAAGAAACCAGUACAAAUAUUACAACAUCCAAAAAUUGGAGUGCAAUGUGAUGAUGAAGAUGAACUACCUACUAUUUUAGAAUCAGAUAAUGAAUUUGUUGAACAUUUUGUUUCAAGACAUAAAUUUACAGGUGUUCAAACAUUAACUAUUUUCAUUGAAUCUAUACAUGAUGAUGAUGAAGAUGAAGUUUGGCUACAUUCGGUUGAAUUAAGAGGUGAAUUUACAGAAUUAAAUAAAGAUCCAAUUAUAACAUUAUAUGAAUCAGCAGCUAAUCCACAAGAUCAUAAGAAUUUAACUGCGAUUGAAGAAAAUAACAAUAUAGCAUUUGAAUAG